AUGUUGUCAAAAGAAAUUUUAAAUGAAGUUCGACAUUCCAGCUACUGGGAAAGGCCGUACACGCAGUGGACGAUAAACACAUGGGACAAUUUUUAUUUCAUAAAUUAUCCCAAUAAGCUGAAAGUGUCGUCACAUCGCGAUUUAGGUAAAGAAUUGAAAGUGUUGGUAGAGCUAUUAGGGCCUGAGACGAAAGAAGGGAAGAAAGCGUUAGCACUAAAACGUCAACUGAAGGGAAGAAGAGCGUCCAGACAUAGAGCUUCUAAAUCUGGAGAGAAGGAUGAAAAGGAAAACCAAGAUAUCACUUCUACUAAGAGGAAAGCUAUUGAGAAAGUUAAACCAAAAAAGAAACACAAGACUAUUGAAAAGGAUGAAAGAGAGGAAAGACUACCUGAAGAAGAUCCUGUUAUUUCUAUUACAACAUCUGUCAACCACGCUUUAGAGAUUUCUUUACCGGAAAUCGUUCUAAAUACCAUACCAAAUCUGGUCUACCUUGAUUUACGUGACAAAUCAAACUCAACUAUUGAAUCUACUGAACAGCGUUUUCUGAUGAGAUCACGAAUUGGUUGGAGUUUGAACAAGAAGUUCGAACAUGGCAACCUGAAACAGAUAAAAAAUACCAAAAACCCACAUUUAGAACGC